ACCUUGUCACGUACCAUUCCUCGUAGCAGAUAGUUCAGACGGUCAAGCCUCUCCCUCCCUCUCAAUGUCCUCUCUCAGCCUUCAGUUAUAAAAAUCCAAUUUUUUUUUGUUUACUCACCACUCUCUGCUGCUCCUCCGCCUCCGCCAUGUGAGCGCUCUCUCGGGACUCGCAAAGAUCUCCAUGGCUCGCGCGCGUGAGAAAGAUCCUCAUCCUCCUCUCACACCUCUCCUUAACCCCCUCAAAGCUUCUCCCCUUCCCUCCCCCAUCCCACUCCCCGAUGUAUGGCGAAAGACGUUGUUUGAUCGUCGAGAAGGAUGGGCUGCACUUCAUCCAUCCCAAUCUCGUAUAUCGUAGGGAGGAGGAGGAAGAAACCGAGCAGCAUCCAUGAGGUGGCCGUGUUCGUCCCGGCCCUCCGCAUCCCCUUGGCUGUGGAUCUUGUUCGGCCCCUCAGAGGGUUGGUGUCUCGUGAUGUGCUAGAUAAGCUAUCCACACUUCGGGGCCGGAUCGUGUGCUUGGCUGAAGAAACUUAUCUUGCUUCUGUGCCUACUGUUUCCGAACUCCAGCGAGCUCUUGAAGAGUAUGUGCCUGUUCUACUUGGUUUGACCAAAAAAGAGCACCAUCUUGAGGCAUCAGUGGAGUUCAAAUGGAAAAGCUUAGGAGAUGAUGAUCAGGAAACUUGUUUAGCAAGCGCCUGGUAUGAAUUGCUAUCGGUAGUUCACAUGAUGGCUAUGCUGUCAUUGUUGGAGGCAAAUCUAAUGCUUGUUCCUAAGGAUUCUCUGGAUGAGUGUGAAAGGAAGGUAUCAGAAGGUGCCAAGAAGGUUGCUGUUGAUUUGUUGCUCAAGGCUGCAGGGUGCUUGGAUUACUGUGUUCAUCAUAUACUUGUUCAGUUGCCUAUGCAAAUUAGGAAGAGUCUGCCAAGCAGCUUGGAAGAGGGAAUGUCGGAGGCCAUUUCCAUUCAAGCAUUGGCCCAGAGUGUAGAGAUGCAGCUUGGUUUGGCUCUUGAGUGUGAAAAGGCCACCUUGUCUGUAAAGAGGAGGUUGGCAUGUGAGGCAGUCAGCUAUUUCUCCCAGGUUCUCUACUGCUUGGCAGGAUGUGACCUCAGAGAUGCAUAUGGAAAGAAGCUUCUCUUGUUCAUCAAAUGGAAGUACCUAGAGGCUAAGGCAGCAGCAUACUACUAUCAUGGUCUUGUCCUCGACAAGGGUCAUGGAUCUAGCAAUCAUCUUAAUGCUGUUUGCUGCCAUUUUGCCGCUGAGGAACUGCUCACAGAUAGCAAGAAAGCCUGCUUAAGCUUUUGCUUGGCAGCCCCUGUCACCAGGGUUCCUCCAGCAUGGGGUGUCAUGAAGCAUUUACGUAAGAAAAUACCUGAAGUGGCCUCAAAGAAGUCCCAGAUGUAUGGUUAUCUGAUUGAGCAAGACAAGAAUGGAGCAUUCCAAUCCUUGCCUGACCUCCCAGAGUUUCCCCUCUCACUGAAACCUGAUGAUUAUGAGUUACCAAAUAUAGAUGCCUCGUGGGAAAGCGAGGAUUGCCAGCCUCAGAUUCAAAGCCUCAAGGCACAUCUCAAAGAUGAGGAGGAUGAUGAGACGGGAACGAAAUGAAGCUAUGUUAAAUCACCUGGAAGCUAGACCUAUUUUACUAUCGACAGACUCUGUUUCAUGUUUGUAUGUUGUGUUUGUUGAGCAAAAGUGAUGAUGAAUUAAUGCCUUGAUAACAAAAGGAACAUGUCUUACUGUCUACAGUUCCUGGUCUGAUGACAGAAAUUGUGGAUUCCAACCAAAGCGAGGUACCAUGUAUAAAUUAUAGCUAUAAAUUAUAGCUAUCUACAAUCAAGAUUGGUCCAAGGAGUAUCAGCUUUUUUAUGUGAAUGGUAAACCACCAUGUAUGAAAAAGAAUUACUGAAAAUAGUCGGGUGAUUUAUUUAUUCC